AUGAACAUGAAGCAAGAAAGUCUAGAUUUCGGUUCUGAUGAGGAUUAUAAAGUGUUUUGUUAUUCGUGUAAGAACAUCGGAAAAGAAGUUCCCGCAAAGCGAUCUUGCCAAGAUUGCCAAGAAAAUUACUGCGCAUCAUGUUGUGAAAUCCAUACGAAAUUUACUAUAUCAAAGGAUCAUACGAUCAUGAACAUCGUCGGUGAUCAAGAAAGCCCUACUGGAAAUAUUCCUAAACCAACAGGGCCUUUAGAGUCUUCCGUUGAACCUUCCUUUUCUGAGAGGUGCGGCAAUCAUUCUUAUGAAUUUAUAAAAUAUUUUUGUAAAGACUGUGAGGAAGUCUUGUGCUCAACGUGUGUAACAGCACAGCAUAGAGCGUGCUCAAAUGUUCAGUACAUACCUGACGUUGUAAAUAGUAAAGAACAUGGUAUUGAGGUUGAUCAAAUUAACAAAGACAUUACUCAGAUGGUAAAUGAACUAGCUGACUUGAAAAGUGAAACUGAUGACAGUACAAAUUUGGUUAAAUUCUAUGCUUGUAGUGCGAAGGAAGAAUUGGAAAAUAGUAUAGACAUGAUCAUUAAGUAUUUCGAGGACAAGAAGAAUAUGCUGGCUGAAAUCGUUCAAGAUAUUGAGAUGGGAGACAUCGAAAGAAUUUCGAAAGCAAAUUCAAAACAUCACAGACUGAGGGAAAUGCUAGAAGGUCAGAGAAUUUGUCAAGCAGACAGUACUGAUGCACACAAUUUUGUUAAAAGGUUUAUCGAGGCAAAGAGAACCCUAAAGAGGAUGGAAGUAGGCAGAGUGGAGAUGGACAUGUUGCAAGAGUCUAAGAAAAUAACACGGUACUGCGUCAUUCCAUGUCUGGAGGCUGACUUCAAGAACGUUAACGUUGGAAAUAUCGAAUUCAGGGACGUCAACUGUCCGAGAAAAGCAAACUACGCGACGUCUUUGAAUGUGAGAACGGAGUCCGAAUUAAAAAAAUGUGAUAUCGCAGAUAUGACAUUGUUGUCAUCAGAUAUGCUUGCAGUGUCUGAUAGCUACAACUGCAAGGUUAAGCUUAUUAAUGUCACUAAAGACAACAUAGUUUCAUCACUUGUUAUGCGGACUUGUCCUCUUGGCAUUACAAGGAUUAAAGCUGAUCAAUUAGCUGUUGCACUACCCGCCAUUUCCACUGUCGCAAUUAUAUCCAUAUCUGAAGAUGGACAUCUCACGAAAGACAGGAAUCUCAUCUUACUGAAAUCUUGCAGUGGCCUGCUAUAUGCGAAAGGAAUGCUCUUUGUCUCAUACAAUGAAGGUCGCAGCAAUAUUGCCGUACUGAAUUUAUCCGGUGAUGUUAUGAGAACUAUAUGCACUAAUAAAUCAGGAUCACCACUGUAUAGUAGACCAUUUUACAUGGCUUUGAGUAUCGACAAGGACUCCUUGUACGUUAGUGACUCUGAGAUGAUUAAAAUUACCAGUCUGUCAAGAGAGAACACAGUCCACUUUAAGUGUGACAGAAAGGGUUCCAAAGUGAACGGUGUACGAGGAAUAACAAUAGAUUCCGGCGGAGUAGUUUAUGUAUGCGGGUACAACAGUAAUACUGUGUGUCAGCUGGUUAAAGGCGAUGAGAAGUUAAUACCUCUUUUAGAUGCGAAUAAUGACCUUCGCCAGCCUAGAUCGUUAGCUUUUUGUGCAAAAACAAACCGCUUGUUUGUUGGAAUGGAUUUCGGAAAUAGGAUUCUAGUGUAUGACAUAAGGAAUAAAUACGUGGAGUGA